GCGGUAUCUUGUUGUUUUCGUAUACAAUUUUUUCAGAUACAAUCAAGGAAGAAUCCAAUCUCCUACAGUUUGUGAUGAUCGGCAACUCUCAUUUUUGCAAUGAAAGUAUUAUAUCCGAGUCUUCCUGUGCUUUGUGGUCGAGAGUCCUUUGUCUUCAUCGGCUCAAAAUGGAUCUCGUUACUAUCCUGUCUAAUGUGCUAGCUGCAGCGACACCACUUGAUCAGAUCACCACAAACGGCUUGAGCACCUUAGGAACUCUUACUACUCCCUUACUACCUCCAUUUCUGACAAACAAUCCAAUCACAGACGGAUUCCCUUGGGGAGAGCACAACUGCACGAAUACCAACCCAUAUACAUCGGGUCCAGACACCGGAGUCAUUCGGACAUAUGACUUUACAAUCUCUCGUGGCAUCCUCUCUCCUGAUGGAUAUGAGAAAGAAGUCAUUCUUGUCAACAAUCAGUUUCCCGGUCCAACAAUCGAAGCCAACUGGGGAGACACCAUCGAAGUGACAGUGACGAACAAUAUCACAACAGAUCCUGAAGGGACGACGAUACAUUGGCAUGGGUUCUUGCAGCAAGAGACUCAGUGGAUGGACGGUGCACCGGGUCUGUCGUUCGACUAA